AUGUCUCGCUCUAAUGUUAUACAACACCGAAUUGAGGGUCCUUUAUUUAUUAUCACCCUUAAUAAUGAGAAGAAAUUGAACUCUUUACACCUUUCAGACUAUACUAGAAUGACUGAGCUGUUACUCGAAGCAGAAGCAAAUCCCGAGAUUCUAUGUAUUGUAUUCCAAGGUACUGGCCGGUUCUUCUCUUCGGGGAUUGACAUAGAUGACUUAUCAAGACAAUUGAACCAACCUAAGGAUUUUGAUCUCUCAUCUGAGCUUGUAAGUCGGAUGGAGUACUUUACUCGAACAGCUAUUAAUCACAAGAAGAUUUUGGUUUCCUGUUUGAAUGGUCCAGCCGUGGGCAUUAGCGCGGCUAUGGUAUUACUGUGUGAUAUUGUUUACAGUAUGAAUGAUAAUGUGUACAUCUCAUUCCCAUUCAGCAAGAUGGGAUUAGCAAACGAAGGUGCUUUGUCUGAAAGUCUCGCUUCAAAAGUGGGACCAGCCCUUGCCCAUGAGGCAAUGUUCUUCGGAGUUCCGCUUCAGUAUGAUCAGUUGAAAGACAGAGUGAUCAACAGAAACUAUAAUAUGACAAAUCUCUCAGAAUUUAAUAGUAAGGUGCUAGAAGAUUUAAAGCAAUACUUAGAGAGUUGUAGUCCCGAGAGUUUGCAGAACAUGAAGCGCUUGUUCUUGACAGUGGAGGGAUCUAGUAAGAUUCACGCCAUUUCUAAUGAGGGGAUAACUGCAUUAAACCUCAUCCACAAAAACGUUCCAAAUAAGCGCAUCAAAGCUUAUGUUGAACAAAGGCGUUCGAAAUUGUGA